AUGCAGCUGACUUCUGUCCUCCUCGCCGCCGUGGCGGCCAUGACCGUCUCGGCAGCCCCGAGCACCACUUCGCCCAACUCGGUCGAGGCGGCCCUCGGCGGCCACCACGCCCCCCGCUGCCACGGAAACAUGGAGUACGACCCCUGGAAGAAGCAGUGCAAGUGCGAUCGCGACGAGUACUACGAUGUCGAGGCCAAGCAGUGCCGCCACAAGGAGGUCAAGACGUUCAAGUACAAGAAGUGCCGCGCCGACGAGAAGCUGUACUGCGCUCGUGACGAGGGCACCUACGUCGAGUACAACCGCAAGAACCCCGCCUGCUGGCAGGAGCGCUCCAACAAGCUCUUCUGCGCCAAAAGGUCGCGCGUCAAGGAGACCUUCAAGUCCGAGACUCAGCGCGAGUACGAGAUUGCGCACUACUCGGCCGCCCAGCGCCAGGAAACCGAGAUCAAGCGCAAGGCGUGCCACGCGCCCCGCUACUUCAGCCACCACCGCAACUCGUGCGAGUGCCCCCACAAGAAGGUCUGGGAUGGCAAGGACUGCGGAUUCCCCAAGAUCCCCGAGCCCACGUGCAGGCGCGGACAGAAGGCCUAUUGUGCCAAGAGCGCCUACCGCGUCACUCAGUACAGCGUCAAGGAGGAGCUCUGCCAGGACAAUGGCAAGAACUACGUCUUCUGCUGCGGCGAGGAUGUCGAGGAGAAGAAGCAGAACAAGGUCGGCAAGAAGGUCAAGACCCAGAAGAAGAAGCCCGCCAAGAAGCCCGAGGAGAAGGAGGAGGAAGAAGAUGAGGAGGAGGAGGAUGACGAAGAUAACGAGACCGACAGUGAGGAUGACGAGGAAGAGGAGAAGAAGCCCAAGAAGGGUCCCAAGAAGGGCCCCAAGAAGGGUCCUAAGAAGGGCCCCAAGGGCCCCAAGCUCAACCACAAGAAGUUCGCCAAGUGCGCUGGCCUCAUCUGGGAGUAA